AUGGUGGGGGCAUCACUGUUGGAGGAGGAGGUAUUGCUGGAGAAAGUGGAGGGGAGCAGGGAGGAUAUGGAGAACUGGCCCCUAGUGGAUUGGAUCAUGGAAGAGAUUUCAGGGCUUGGAUCCGCUUCUGAAAUGGGCAAGCACGAGAGGAAAUUGAAAUGUGGGAGUUUACAGGAGAAGCUAAUGAGAGUUGGGAGAUUGAAGACAAUGGUGAAUUUGGGGAUAGCGAUGAUGGUUUUCGAAACAACUUUUGAAGCAUUGAAAUCAUGCGACACGAAGAUAUAUGGAAUCAAAAAUUUUAAAUAUUAUGAUUAA